CCGAGCUGUAGGCUGGGGCCGAACUGAACUCCUUAGUCAUGCCGGACUAAUAUUCUUUGGUUGUGCCGAACUGAACUCUUUCUUGGGCCUUAGGCUGUUGGGCUUGUUUAGUACGUACUCCAUCAGUCUUCUUCUUCCACAAGCUGGAAGGAAUUGGCUAUUAGUAACUGGGAUGGUGGGGAUUGGAAAGACAACUCUGGCGAAGAAAGUAUUUGAUGAUCCAACGAUUCAGACACAUUUCGUGCUUCGAGCAUGGGUCAGAGUGGGGAGAAAAUGCGAAUCCAGUGAAACAUUACGAUGCAUUCUAGCUCAACUGGAUCCCAACAACCACUACCAAAUGCUUAGUGAUCACGGAGAAGAUGAUGAUGACUACCACCAAUUAGUUGGAGUCCUGGAAGACAUAUUGAAGGAUAAGAAAUGUCUCAUUGUGUUGGAUGAUGUAUGGGAAUGGGACGCACGACUAAUGGGUGACUUGCCACGGGAGAAUGUUCAAGUCCUCAUGACAAGCAGGAUAAAGAUUAAAGAGUCUCCACUUCUAACACUAGACUUGUUAAAUAAAGAACAAAGUAAGAAAUUACUUGGUCAGCAGGUGUUCGGUGAAGACGGUUUUCCUCCUCACCUUGAGGAAUUGGGAGAGGAGAUUGCCAAAAAAUGUGAAGGUCUCCCGCUUAUGAUAGUCACAGUAGCUGACUUCUUAUCCAAAGAAGACAAGACCACUGAAAACUGGACUGAGAUUGUUAGAAAACAACAUAAUUCCGUCUUCGUGGAUGCAUAUGAUCAAAUCUCGGAGGUAUUUUUCCCAAGCUAUGAUUACUUACCUCAAUAUUUUAAAAUGUUCUUUUUGUAUUUGGGAGCUAGCCCUCCAUAUAGUGCUGUUGAUAUAGGCAACAUUAGCCAUCAAUUACAUGCCGAGGGGUUUCUUGAACCGAAUUUGGGAGAAAACAGUGUGGAAGAGUUUAUUUUCCGAUGCUAUGGUGAGUUUCUUCAUAGGUAUCAUCUAGUUCUACGAAAGGAGUUUCCGUGGAAAGAGAUUCGUGUUCAUUCUUGUUGGAAGCACAUGUGUAGGCAAGAAGCUAGUAAGAUCAAGUUUUUACAUGUUUUACAAAGUUGUGAUGAUGAUAUGAAAGACCAACGUCGAUUGUGUGUUCAUUGCAAUACUUUAUUUGCCUUCAGACAAGUGUGUGAUUCAAUAAAAAGUGAUUGCUCAUCCACUUCCCGUUCUCUCCUCUGUUAUGGUCCCUACCACCAAUAUCCUGUGCCUAUUCAUACCAUGGAUUUCAAGUUGCUAAGGUUACUAGAUGCUGUUACAGUCCGAUUUUAUCAUAUCCCACUUGAAAUUAUGAAGAUAAUUAGUCUUAAGUACCUUGCUUUAACUUGCAAUGGGGAGCUCCCUACUUCCAUAGCCAACCUUUUUCAGCUUCAAUCAUUGACUAUCGGACAGCAUAUGAACAUUAAAAAGCGUGGGGUUCACUCAUAUUUGCCAUUGGAAAUAUGGGAUUUGCAGGAACUGCACCGUAUUGAAAUCUCGGGGAGAGACCUACCAACCCCUAAUUCGGAUGCUACUUUGGACACACUCAUCUUUCUUGGUGGUGUGAGUGCAAAGAGUUGCACUAGGGAAAUUCUCAAAAAAUUUCCAAUUUUAAGAGUUUUAGCUAUUCAAGUGGAGUUGAAGCCUUAUGAAGAUGACGACGAUGACAGAAACCCAUUGAGUGGAUUGGAUUAUUUCGCAGAAGAACUUCAGAAUUUAGAGCUUCUUAAAUGUAUAGUACAUAAUCCUGAUCUGAAGUACGAGUUUAUGGUACCUUUGUCAAUGUUUCCAUCAUGCCUGCUAUCAUUGGAGUUAAGUGGCAUAGGGUGUCCAUGGAAUCACCUUAGUGACAUUGGUUUGCUUCUACCAAAUCUUGUGUUUCUCCAUAUACAUGACUAUGCCUUUCGCGGUCCAGAGUGGUAUAUAAACUCACAAUGUUUUCCCAAUCUUGAGACACUUAUGAUUGAAGAUACUGAUUUGGUGCGAUGGAGAGCUCAACCUGGAAGCCUCCCAAGUCUUGAGAGCCUAAGCUUUUCCGAUUGCUACAGGCUACAACAACUCGAUUGGACGCGUGAUCCAUCAAUGGACACAACUUCAAUUAUUUUAAUUGACUGCAAUCCCUUAGCUAUCUCUUCUGCCGUGCAAUUACCGAGAUGUCGAGUUUUUACACACUCUACGAUUUGAGAUAGGAAUUUGUAUCCGAAAUCUCAACUUGGAUAACAGGUUAAUGAGAAAGCGAAAAAGGCCGUCAUUUCAAUUGUAUUACCAGACGUUUCUUGAAUUCCAGGAUAUUGAUUUGCUAGAUUUGGUUAAGGAUUAUGAAUUAAGCAUGAUACUGAAUUAUGUUUGUAACCGAAACUAUUGUCAGUUUGAUUCCUGUGUGAAAACAUUACAUGCAUCUUUCUCUAUUUCAAGGAUUA